AUGAGUGAGCUCUACAAGGAAGCGGCUUUGCUGCUACACAAGCUACAGCAGCGGCAAGGGGGACUCAAGAGCUUGGCGUACGCAGAGUCCACUAUGCACAAGCGAAGCUCCUUUGCACUCGUGUGCGAGACGCUGCGCUACACGCCAUUAAUACGGGAGCUGCUGGCCGCUGUACCUGCGUGUCAUAAGGCACUUAAGAUGCGCAAAGACGCCAAAGACCCGCCUGCACUCGUGCUGGUGGCGCUCUAUGACCUCCUAUUUGGUCGUCAGAAGGUCCAGGGUGGAGGGUACGUGAAGAAAGCGCUCGUGCAGCACCAAACGGCGUUCCGGGCGGUUCUCGCGAGACUCAAGAUCCGACACAAAGUAGCAACCAACGAGGCGCUUUUGCCGCCUGAGAACCGCCAGCAACACCUUGCACUGCCUCGGUAUGUGCGUGUGAAUACACUACUGGCUUCUCGUGAGGAGAUAGAGGCAUUUACGCGCGAGUAUGACGCGAAACAAGACGGACAUGUGCGGGAUGUGCUUGUGCUGCCCUCCGGCACAGAGCUGCACGAGCAUGAGAUGGUCAGGAGUGGAAAGCUGGUGCUGCAGGAUAAAGCCAGUUGUUUCCCGGCCUUUGUUUUACAUGGAGAGCACAGUGAUGCAAAGGAUAUGCAGGGCGACGUGAUCGAUGCGUGCGCUGCGCCGGGUAACAAGACGAGUCAUGUAGCAAUGCUGUUGCAGCAGCAAGAAGAAGGCAAGGAAGGAGAAGGUAGUAGUCGUGCACAACGGCGAGUGUUUGCUUUCGAUCGGUCGCCUAAUCGACUUGAGCUACUGAAGCGACGCAUGCAGCUUGCAGGAGCUGCUGAUCGAGUGCAGACUGAGCUGCAGAGCUUUUUGGAUGUCUCUGUGGACGAUGAAAUGUAUCGUAACGUGCGCAGUAUUCUCCUGGACCCUUCUUGCUCUGGUUCGGGGAUGACAAACCGUCUAGAUCAUUUGCUGGAUAUUGCAGGUGCCCGUGAUUCGACUCUGGAGUCGGGUGAUAACGCAGAGGAUGAAGAUGAAAAGACCACGAAGCGUCUCCAGUCACUCGCUGACUUUCAGCUUGAAGCGCUACGAAAGGCGUUUUCGUUUCCGCAGGUGGAGCGUGUGGUGUAUUCCACGUGCUCGAUAUUCGAGAAGGAGGACGAGGAAGUAGUGGCGGCUGCAUUGAAAUCUGACGAAAACGUUUGUGCUGCUCGUCCUUUUGUGCUGAGACCAGCCUUAACACCAUGGCCACGUCGAGGUCUCGAGGUCGCGGGUCUGUCAGCUGAGCAGGCCGCAGCACUUGUGCGUGCAGACGGUCUCAAAGACUCGACCAAUGGAUUCUUUGUAGCGUAUUUUGAACGUAUCGACACUGCCGAGGGCGCAGUGGAUCAGGAGAACAGGGAAACAACGACCACAUUGACCGACGCAAGUACUGAAGUUGCAUUGACUUCUGUAUGUACACAAGCUGAAGCUUCAAUUAGUUGUAAGAAGCGGAAGAUGCUGUCAGCAGCUCAAAAGCAGAACCGCAAGCGCCGGAAGCGCGAGAAACGCAAGAAACAUGAUCCUCUGAAGUCAAGCGAGUCGGUGGUUGAUGAAGAAGAGGGAGGAGCCUUGUCGUUCGAGUGA